AUAAACAAACGUAAGCAAUGUUUGAAAAUAUUAUGUUUUAGUCCAACCUGAUAUCUGUUUGGGCUUCUUGCGGUCAAUUUGCAGUCUACAAACUGUUUAACGCCCUUCCCUUAAAAUGACCAUCAUUCCCACAUGUCUAUGUUGUUGUCUGCUUUCACUGGUGUUUAUUUCACUGCUAUCAUUGAGCCUGAGAACUAACGUUACUCCCUCUCCUCUCCGCGCCUCCUCGACCACCUUCCCGCUGCAGCUCAUCAAAUCGCGCGGGCGAGCGCGCCGGAUCAAAAUUGGAACCAGACAGUGGUGCUGAUGAACAGCUCCUUGCCAGAGUGGACACACUGGACAGGCAGUCGGUGACAGAAGAGAGAGUUUUAAAACGGGUUGGAAGGUUAAUGAAUGGACUCAAACUCAGCGUUGAUUCGUUCAGAACAGGAGAUGAUACCAUCGCGCCAGAUGAUACCACCGCGCCAGCAUGACAGCGAUUUUCAGAAAUUCAGAAAGCUGCUGACCACUGAGCUGUCCCAGCAGAGUGAGGAGCUGCCAGGGGACCUGCAGUCUCUAUCCUGGCUCACCACCGUGGACGUACACAGGCUGCAGCAGAUGGCCACAGGCAGACUGGCCUUCAACAACACAGAACCCCAGAGCAGCCCACUGGAGCUUCACCCAGGUUCAGACCAGCACAGAAACAUGAAUACAGCACUAGGACAUGACACCAUUGUCCCUCCCCAUAGCAACAUGCAGAACAGUUAUAUUGGAAUGAACUACAUCAACAAUCAAAAUGGAAAUAUGACAGGAGGGUACCCAGGAAGUGGUAUGCCUGCCUCAGAAUACCAGUCCUCCCCAGUCCACUACUACCACUCCCCCCAGCAGGCCUAUAGCCCAGCUCAGGCUGUCCAACAGCAUUCCCCCAGCAGCCUGUAUAACAGCCCUUCCUACCAUAGCCAAAACCUGUAUGAGCAGCAAGCAGCAGGCAUGAGCAUCACCAACCCCCACAGCAACCAGGAUCUCCUACAAGAACCUAAUUCCUUCCCCAAACCGAUCUACUCCUACAGCUGCCUGAUUGCUAUGGCUCUGAAGAACAGCCGGACAGGCAGCCUCCCUGUCAGUGAGAUCUAUGGCUUCAUGAAGGAGCACUUCCCUUACUUCAAGACGGCGCCUGACGGCUGGAAGAACUCUGUGAGACACAACCUGUCUCUGAACAAGUGCUUUCAAAAGGAAGAGAACAAGCAGGGAGGCUCCUCCUCCACUCGUAAGGGCUGUCUGUGGGCCCUCAACCCAGCCAAGAUCAACAAGAUGGAGGAAGAGAUGCAGAAGUGGAAACGCAAGGACCUAACUGCCAUCCGCCGCAGCAUGGCCAACCCAGAUGAGCUGGACAGGCUGAUCACAGACCGACCGGGCGGCUGUCGGAGGAACCCUUGUGACCCCAGGAUGACGUGUCUCCCUUCUAGCCCCUGUGGUUCCCCUCUGUCUGGGCUUCUGCAGACAUCCCUCCCCUUCCAUCUCCAGGCUCAGAAUCCCACCCUGCUAGGAGAUGCCAGCUCCCCUGUUCCCGCCCGGACCCCUCCCCUCCACUCGGUCCCAGACUACUCCCACACUCCCUUCAUCCAGCAGCAGCCCUACAGACAAGCCAACAGCCACAGUCUGUACAGCCUCCACCCUGACGUCACAGCAGAUGUGGACGCUCUGGACCCUAGUAUCAUGGAGUUUGCCGGGAGCCUAUGGGAGGGGGUGAGAGAAGAGGGCUUCAGCCUGGAGAGUAUGUUUAACCACUCUCCUCUGUGCCUGUCUGACUCUGAGCUGCCUGGCCCCACCACUGGACAGCCCCUGGUGGACCUACAGGUUUCAGGGCUGUACACCACCCUGGACCCGGCACCUGCUGUCCCCUUCCAGUACAUCACCACCACAGAGGCCGGGGGCCAAGCCGCCACCCUGCUCUGACUGACUGUGAAACACUGAUAUACAGUGUAUUAAACACUGAUAUACACCAAGACAGACCACUACUGUUGAACCUGCAUGUCCCCACACCUACUGUAUGAGAAUCCUGAACAUUCUCCCACCUGACAGGAUGUCUUUACUCUCAUGUCAAUCAGAGAUUUUUUUUUUUUACUGAUUCCUGUUUCUCCACCAAAGCACUUAAGAAGCACCCAAAUCAGCUAACAUAGGCGUGUUUGAUUGGGCCUGUCAGAUUUUUAGAGUGAUGAGGAUACAGUGUUUUUGUGUGUGUAAUGGUUUAGAGGUAAAAUGCAAUGCCACUUUAUUUUUACAAGAGCUGGAGUCAAUGUUGUGACGGUUGUCUUCUGUGAAGAUAUGUAAAAGAUUGUCGGGGAAACUCAUCUGUCAUCUAUUUCUUGUGGAGGAAAAGUCUUUACUAGCUUGUGCAAACAAUCCUUUUUUUGUUACCAGAUUUGACUGUGGUAUUUUAGCUUGAUAGUUUAUUUGUAGUACUAAAGUCCUGCUAGGCAGGCAUUAUCUCAGAGUUUUCUGUUUUGUUCAUUUCUAUUUAUUUACUUUGCUCUGUGUGAACUGUCUAACAUGACUCUUAAAGCCAUAAUAUAGGGGACUUUAACAUGUUAAUGUAUUUUAGAAAUACUAAACAUUUUUACCUUAAGAUUAUUUAUGUAAAGGUAUUACAGACAUGUUAAAAGCCUUAGCAGAUUCACCUGUUUUAAACUGACAAUAGACUCCUGUGCCUACAAGGUGUUUCUCUAACUGUAAACAUUUUCAGAAUAAAUAUUUUCAGAUGCCA